AUGUCCUCUACUAUCUGGCCGCCCAACUUAAGGGACAUCCUCACGCCCCUCCUCCCCUCCCUACCUACAGCUUCCCUUUCCUCGCAGCCCGCACCCGCCAUCCUCCGCCUCCUAUCGCCCAUCCUGCGCCAGCGCGUGCAGCUCCUCUCCUCGACAAGCAACGAGCCAUGGCUGCGGCUCCUGACCUACGACAAGGGCGCCGAGUCGCGCCUGGCCGAGGUAGCUCGGAGCGACCGCCUCGAGCCGCACCCCGUUUCGGGCGAGGUCGAGGUCGACUGGGAAUACGACGCGCGGACGCAGUACAGGCGGCUAGACGAGGAGACGCUGCAGGCCCUGGUCGUGAUGGAGGAAUUUGACCUGCUGUUCAGGCUUGUCUGGUGCGUCAACGACGAGGCUGGCGGCGGUGACGGCUGGAGGGUUGGUGAGGUCAGCGUGCCGGAGAAGUCGAGCCCGUUUGCCUCUUUCCAGGGGCAGCCGAGCAUCCCCGAGGCGGAGAGGGCGUUUCAGGAGAGAGGAUCCAAUACAGACAAGAUAUCUACACUGCAGGCGCCCAACACGGAUGCCCACCCUGCACCGCAAAUCGCAGAAGGCAGCAGCAACAAGAAUAACAGCUACGACGACGACGAUGAUGAUGACGAUGACUACUGGGCUCGAUACGACGCCACACCGGCACGAACACCACAGGUCGGGCGGUCUCCUGCGCCUGUCUCAUCAGGUCAGCAGUAUCAGCCGGAAGCGACCCGCAAGAGUGUCCCAGACGAUGAGGAGGACGACGCAUAUUACUCUCAGUACGACAGCGUGCAGCCUGCAAUGGACAGCCACGAUCCAGACGAGGCCCACAUGGCAGAACAGCACAGGGUCUCGACCGCCGCCCCCGCACCGCCGCUUGGCCUCCAGCACCCCGCCGACCACUCCUCAGGUUCGGCCGCAGGCGGCGAGGAGACAGACGGGUCCAAUGGCGGAUGGACGCUCGCCCCCACGCCCAGCGCCCGUUCGCAGGAGGAUGAGGAGCGCACGGCGGCACUCGCACACCCGCGUCCCGCAUCCAGUGCUAGCUCCAAGGGGAGCGAUACUGUGCUCAAGCUGGAGCAGGAAGCCGGGCGGCAGGAGCAGAACGAGUUUGGCGUCAAGCAGCACGUGUCGAGGAGCAUCCGAAGCCUGUUCCUACUGUCACGGACGGCGGGCAUCGACCGUGACGAGUUUGAGCGGAUGGUGAAGACGGAGCUGGAUGUAUUGGGUAUGGUCGAGAAUGAUAUGUAG